GAUGGUGUCAUGUGAUUGUCAUAUUUUGCUUUUAGAGCUCAAAGGUGUUGGCAAAAAAGGAACUUUCCUUUGUUCCUGUGAUUGGCUGGAUGUGGUACUUCCUUGAGAUCGUCUUCUGCAAAAGGCAAUGGGAAGAGGAUCGCAAGACAGUAGUGCAAAGCCUGCGCAACCUUCGGGAUUACCCAGAAAACUUUUGGUUCCUGUUGCACUGUGAGGGCACACGAUUCACAGAAAAGAAGCACAAGAUUAGUAUGGAGGUGGCAGAGAAGAAAGGUCUGCCCAAACUCAAGUACCACCUUCUACCUCGGACCAAGGGCUUUUGUGUCACAGUCCAGAACCUCAGGGGAACGGUUACUGCGGUGUAUGAUUCAACACUUAAUUUCAGAAACAACGAAAUGCCAACUUUACUAGGGGUGCUCAAUGGGAAAAAGUACCAUGCGGAUUUAUAUGUGAGGCGAAUUCCUCUGGACACAAUCCCAGAGGAUGAGUCUGAAUGUGCGGCCUGGCUUCACAAGCUCUAUCAGGAAAAAGAUGAAUUCCAAGAGCAUUACAGACAAACAGGGCGUUUUCCAGGUGCCAUUACAAGCCCUCCACAUCGACCUUGGGCCCUGCUGAACUGGCUCUUCUGGGUUUGCUUGCUGGUCUAUCCUCUCUGCAUGUUACUGCUGCAGUUGCUGCUAUCAGGAUCCACCUUCACUGUCGUCUGA